CACAAAACUAAUCAUAAAUUUUCUAUUUACUUAUCCUUGAUUAAAGUAUAGGUAAAUACAUAUAUAUAUACCCAUAUAUCUAUACAUCUAUUCAACAACACUAGGUUAUAUUAAUUAUACUUCAAUCAUGCCUCCAAGAUUUCUUGAUCAAAAUUAUUUCAAAAAUCCCUUCUAUAAGGAGGAACCAAAACAAGAUGAAAAAAACCAAAAAAAUGACAACAUCAAUACUGAUUCUGAAUCUGAUAUCUCAAGUAUUAGAAUAUCUCCAGGUGUCGCAAGAGCUGAAAUCACUAGAAAAAUUUGGACUAAACAAAAUUUAAUUAUAGCUUAUUCAUUAAUUAUUUUCUCUUCUUUAAUUAUCUCCUUUGCAAGUUAUACCGGUAAUACUUAUGAAGCCUAUGCAACUUCUUCAUUUGCAAAACAUUCCGCCAUCACAACUGCCAAUGUUAUUUAUAAAAUCGCAAGAUUAGCUUCCUAUCCAAUUAUUGCAAAAUUAUCUGAUGUCUUUGGUAGAUCUGAUGGUUUUUCAAUUGCUGUUGUUCUCUUAACUGUUGGUUAUGUUAUGUAUGCUGGAUGCAAUAAUGUUGCCACAUAUUGUAUCGGUAUGAUUUUUGAAGGUAUUGGUGAUGUUGCCUACACUAUCAUGCAACAAGUUUUUAUCGCUGAUACUACAAGUUUGAUCAACAGAGGUUUUUGGGCUUCUUUACCUGAAUCCCUUACAACUAUUCCAACUUUAUACUUGGGUUCUACUGUCGCCGAAUCUGUUCUUAAUCAUAGUUCUUUCCGUUGGGGUUAUGGUAUGUGGGCAAUCAUCUUACCUUUCACUUUAUUCCCUUUAAUUAUUAUCAUGGUUUAUAUGGAAAGAAAAGCUAAAAAAGAAGGUGCUUCCAGAAAUGUAGCCAUUUGGAAAUCUCUACCUGAUGGAACUUUACUACAAAAAAUUAAUCACUUGUUAUGGGUUGAAUUAGAUAUCAUUGGUGGUUUAUUACUUGUAGCCAGUUUGGCAUUAAUUUUAGUCCCAUUAUCUCUUACUGGUAAAGGUAAAAGUCAUCGUUGGGAACAUGCCAACUUUAUUGCAAUGUUUGUUUUAGGUUUUGUUUUCUUAAUUUUUUUCCUUGUUUGGAUAUUUCGCUUUGCUAAAAAUCCUUUCAUUCCAUUUAAAUUAAUGAAGAACAAUAAAACUGUUAUUGCUGCUUGCUUUAUUGGUUUUUUCGAUUUCUUAAAUUAUGCCACUUUCACAUCUUUUUUCCCAUCUUAUCUUCAAGUUGCUGGCCAUUAUUCAAGUGGUGCUGCUACAAGAAUCGAUAACUCUUUAAGAGUUUCAUUUCAAAUUGGUUCAUUAGUUGUUGGUAUUUUAAUGCGUUUCACAAAAAAAGCAAGAAUUUAUGUUUAUAUUGGUGUUCCAAUGGUUGUUCUUGGUCAAGGUCUUAUGAUUUACUUGGUCAAUAAACCAGAUGGAACAACAGGUAACGAAGCAUCAUUUAUUGCCGUUAAAACUAUUUUUGGUGUUGGUCGUGGUUUCUACCAAACUUCUUCUCAAGUUAUUAUCCAAUCUAUUGUUACAAGAGAUCAAGUAGCUAUUUCAACUGCUGUUUUCCUUGCAACUAUGACUAUCGGUGGUAGUUUUGGUUCAAGUAUUUGUGGUGCUGUUUGGUCAAACUAUCUUCCCGAUAAAUUAGAAAAAUAUUUACCCGAUGAAUAUCAAAGAAAUGCAACUGCCAUCUUUAACUCAAUCAAGUCUGCAAUGAUGUUUAAAGUUGGUACUGAGGCAAGAGCUGCAAUCGAUCAAUCAUAUAAAGAGACUGCAAGACUCCUUGCUAUUAUGGCAACAUGCUUCACUGUUCCAAUGAUUUUCCUAUUAUUUUUCAUUGCCAGCGUUGAUCUUGUUAAAGAAGAUGAAAUUAGACAAAGAGAAGUUGAUAGAGAAUUAGAAAAAUCGGAAAUUAGACAAAAUGAGAUCGAUAAUCAAAACGAAAUCGACAAAAAUAACAACCUGAAAGCCUCGCAAAAAUCGCUAGAUUCAAAUUCCCAUUCUGAAUCUAAUGAACUUAACAGAAAAAACUAGUGGGUUUAUUCUGUUCAAAUUCAAUUUUUUACGAUUUCUUUUUUAUUAUUAUUACUUUUUAUUAUUUUUUAUUAUUAUUUUUUAAGAUGAUUUUAAUUUUGGUAUUCAACAGAUUAGAUUGAACACCGAUGACGUUUUGAUAGUUUAGUUUAUUUUUUUUUACUUAUUUUAGUUUAUUAUUUUGUAUUUAUUCAAUAUAAG